GAAGGAGGAGGCAGAGUAUCUGAGCAUUCAUCCCUGCCGAGACACCUCUGAGAGAUCCAGGAAAGAGCAACCAUUCCAGGUCCAUCUUCACUUGGAGGAGCAAAGAAGAUGAUUCAGAUUUGGGGACUUGUUCUCCUCUGUGGCCUGCUCACACAAAGUUCAGCCCGACUUGAAGCCAUCCCUGUGGAUCCUGCUAGUGUCCUGAGCCCUGCUCAGUCCCUUACCCCACCAGAUAUCUCCUCAAGCUUAUUAGGUGGUCUCACAAAGGGACUUCUUGACUUAAACUUGCUUGGUAUUCUCCAUGAUCUCCCCAUCUUGGAUAUGCUGAAACCUGGGGGAGGUUCAUCAGGAGGUCUCAUUGGAGGCUUACUACCCAAACUAACCUCAAUAAUUCCAGGGCUGCAGAAUAUACUUUUGAUCAAUGUCACCAAUCCUGUCCUCUUGGAACUUGGGUUAGAACAGUCUCCUGAUGGACACCGACUUUUUGUAACGAUCCCUCUUGGAAUGGUCCUGGAACUGAAAACAUUACUGACUGGUGACCUUCUUAAACUGGAUGCUAAACUGAAUAUCAUAGUGGAGCUCAUCGCAGUGAGGGAUAAAGACGGAAAAAUCCACUUGCAGAUUGGGGAUUGUAAGCAGGACCCUGGCAGCUUGAAGAUCACUCUCCUGGAACGGGUCGCACCAAUUCUAGUGCAAGAACUUGUAGAGACAGUGACAAAAACUCUGUUUGAAACUCUCCCACGUGUGUUACAGAAAGAGGUCUGUCCUCUGGUUAAUGAGAUCCUCAAUGGUCUGGAUAUUACCCUGGUACAUGACGUGGCUGAGCUAUUAAUCCAUGGAUAUUCACUGCAUCUUAAAUUGUAAACUUUCUCAAAAGAGACCAAUCCUUU